CAUUUUUCCGGCUCCGAUCUGUGAUUUGAACAAGUCUGGAGAGAGAGAGAGAGAGAGAAACUGUGGUCUGUGAAGUUAGAAAUUAUAGGUGAGUUGUUAAAUGAGAUACCAUGCAACUUAAUCUCUGUUUACCAAGAAGAAGACUGUACCAUCUGAAAUUCUUUAAGUACUAUCCAUCAAAACUCCAUAAAAAGAAUCCAAUACUCCACUUCUCUGUAAACCAGUUCAUGUUUACUUAAAUUUCAUCGAGCUUUUCUGCUCCUGGCACAUAAGCUUUAUCUGGGUAUCCUUCAAUUUGCUCGUAGACAUACACCGAAACAGGGAAAGAGAUAUCGAGAGGUCCCAAAGGAGGUGGACACAAGGGUCCUGGUUGGGGCCACGAUUGUUUGUUUUUUGGCGGGCAGCAACCGCCACUUUCAAUGAUUUUAUUUGGGUGGUGGUUCUCAAAGUCCCAUCCUAUCAAGCUUGUAUAUUGCUUGUGAUCUCAAUCGAAACGACCCAAAAGCUUCUUGCCUCAAGGGUUUAUGUCUUUCAGCCUCUAUUAUUUGAUCAGAGAAGAGUUGUGAGGUGGCAGCUGCAAGAAAGCUUCAGGUCUUGAGCUGAAGGGGAAGAACAAAUUUCAGUCAUGAGAAGAUCUAUAUCUCUGGUAGAAGUGCUCUUGGUACUUGCAUCAAUUUGUGAAUCUCCAUGGGCUGUCUGGAGCAGCUCUCAAUGCACACAAACAAGCUCAAGGGAAGUUCGACCACACAGUGUCACGAUAACUGAAUUUGGUGCUGUUGGGGAUGGCAUCAUUCUCAACACCAAAGCAUUUCAGAAUGCCAUAUUCUACCUCAAGUCAUUCACUGACAAGGGUGGGGCACAGCUUUUUGUUCCAGCUGGGCGAUGGUUGACGGGAAGUUUUGAACUCAUUAGUCAUCUAACUUUGUUGUUAGAUAAGGAGGCAAUAAUUCUCGGAUCAACACACCCUGAUGAUUGGCCGGUUGUUGAUCCUCUGCCAUCAUAUGGCCGAGGUAGGGAGUUGCCUGGUGCACGUCAUCGAAGCCUAAUUUAUGGAUCCAACCUAAUAGAUGUCAUUAUAACGGGAGAUAAUGGAACUAUUGAUGGUCAAGGUCAUGUCUGGUGGAAUUGGUUCAGAAAUGGAAAUCUGAACUACACACGGCCUCAUUUGGUUGAGUUCAUAAAUUCAACUGGUGUGGUCAUCUCAAACUUGACCUUCUUGAACUCACCAUUCUGGACCAUCCACCCUGUGUAUUGCAGCCAAGUUCUUGUCCAGAAAGCCACUAUCCUUGCUCCUCUUCAUUCACCAAACACGGAUGGGAUUGACCCAGAUUCCUCUAGUGAUGUGUGCAUUGAAGACUGUUAUAUUAGCACCGGCGAUGAUCUGAUUUCCAUAAAAAGUGGGUGGGAUGAAUAUGGUAUUUCAUAUGCUCGGCCCAGUACCAAUAUUAUUAUCCGCAGGAUUGUUGGACAAACUUUAUCGAGCUCUGGAAUAGCAAUUGGGAGUGAAAUGUCUGGUGGCGUAUCAGAAGUUCAUGCAGAAGGCCUCCAAUUCUUCAAUUCAAAAACUGGCAUCAGAAUAAAGACAGCUCCAGGACGGGGUGGUUAUGUAAGAAAUAUCUAUGUGUCGGACGUAAAAUUGACUGACGUAAAAAUGGCAAUUCGGUUCACUGGUCAGUAUGGUGAGCACCCAGAUGAGUUUUAUGACCCAAAUGCUCUCCCCAUCAUAAACAACGUUACAUUUAAAGAUAUCAGAGGAGAUAACAUCAGCAUUGCAGGCCUACUUGAGGGUGUCGAAGGAGAGAGUUUCCAAAACAUUUGCCUAUCCAACAUUACCCUCAAUGUAACCUCAACUUCCCCAUGGAAGUGUUCAUUCAUUAAAGGCUAUUCUGACUUGGUUUAUCCAGAAACUUGUGAACCUCUCAGAGAAAGAAUCUUCCCUGAGCAUUCAUCAGCUUGCUACCACCUAUCGAAUCACUUGCAGAGCCUGAGUGGCAGAAAAAGACCUACAUGGUUGCUACCAAGAUUGAGUUUAAGUUUUACAGUAUUAUAGCCUUUGGUUCAGUGGUGAAAAUAUUGAUGUGUGAAUGCCCCCACCCCAUCCAAGACCAGGCCAACCAAAGAAAGCCCAAGAAAGAAAAGAAGAUCAGCAAACAUGAUUCUUGCCAUUUUUUCAACAUAACAACCUGUUAUUUCAUGGGAGUUGAAAUUUGGAUGUACUUUCUGGUCUGAGCUGUUGAUUUAUGGCAUGGUCUUGAUUCUUGAGGUAUGAUUUGUUUAUUGUAACUUCUUAUGUAGUGAAAAAUAAUGAAUGAUUGCUUAGCUAAAAAGAUGAGUGAUUUAUUAGAGAUCGAAAAUACAAUGAUCAUAUGUUGUUAUAAAUUUCAUAUUAUUGCAAUAAGAUUAUGGAAUCCCUUGGACUUUACUCCA